UUUCGUCUGACCUUUCACCUCUGCCACUUUCUCUCAACAAAUUCCCAUUUAUACCCUUCCUCUCUUCACCUAAUGCCGCCUCUGUCCAUCCUCUCUCAUCGCCGAAAUUUUCUAUAUACACAGUUGAGUCCCACUCUCGAAAAACCCACCAAAAAGACAAGAUAUUUUUUUCCACUUCUUCGUCUCCCCUCUCUCUCUCUAGACACCUCUCACAUGGUUUUUUGAAAAAGGAGGUGACUGAUUGUGUUUGAAGAGAUCAUUCUCUAUUUAUUUAUUUAUAUAUUAAUUUGUUCUUAUAAUGCCUGGAAUUGUGAUGGAUGGGAUUCAUGAAGAUGUGAAUCAUGGGAUAGUGAAUGAGGAUGGAGAUUCUAAUUCUUGCAAGGAAAACUCAGCUGUGAAUAACUCUCCAGCUGCUGGGCAGGCCCCAGAAGCCCCCCAAAAUGGGGAUGGAGGGGAAAAGGCUGAAGAGGGGGCCGAGACCUCAAUCGACCAGCUCUAUGAGAAUGUGUGUGAGAUGCAGAGUUCUGAUCAAUCACCUUCAAGGCAUAGUUUUGGAUCUGAUGGCGAUGAGUCACGGAUUGAUUCUGAGUUGAGGCAUCUUGUGGGAGGAGAGAUGAGGGAGGUUGAGAUAAUUGAGGAGGAUGAAGAGUUGCAGAGGCCGGAUAAUGGUGAUUCUGGUUCGAAGAAAGAUAGUUCAGUGGAGAAUUCUCAAUCUGUGGAUGCAAAGAAAGCUUCUCACUUGCAGUUAGAAUCUGAAAUUUCUGGAAUAUCAAGUUCAAGUCCAAAGGAAAAAAGUCCUCCAAAACUGCCUAUUGAUAGGCGUAGCGAGAAGAGUUCUAAGAAAACGUCUCCGGGUGGUUUGUUGAAGAAACAGAGGAACUCAGCUGCUGGGAGUGUGAAGCUGCAAAAUGGAAACGAGGAUCAAUCUGAGGCAGGAUUGGAAAAUCCUGAUCUUGGGCCGUUUCUUUUGAAGCAAGCUAGGGAUUUGAUGUCGUCUGGGGAUAAUGCUCGGAGGGCUCUUGAUCUAGCUCAGCGGGCUGCUAAGUCGUUUGAGAAAUGUGCUGAUGGGAAGCCAAGUUUGGAUGUGGUCAUGUGUUUACAUGUAACUGCUGCCAUACAGUGUAGCUUGGGCCAGUAUGGAGAUGCUAUUCCAGCAUUGGAGCAUUCGAUUGAGAUUCCCGUGGUUGAGGAAGGGCAAGAUCAUGCCCUUGCUAAAUUUGCUGGUUAUAUGCAGUUGGGAGAUACUUAUGCUAUGUUGGGCCAGCUCGAGAAUUCAAUUUCGUGUUACACGACUGGUUUGGAUGUUCAAAAACAAGUGCUUGGAGAGAAUGAUCCUAGAGUUGGUGAGACUUGUAGGUAUUUAGCUGAAGCUCACAUCCAAGCAAUGCAAUUUGACGAAGCUCAAAAGCUUUGUCAAAUGGCUCUAGACAUACAUAGAGAGAACGGAGCGCCUGCUUCUGUUGAGGAGGCAGCAGAUAGGAGACUGAUGGGGAUGAUCUGUGAAUCAAAGGGAGACCAUGAAGCUGCUCUCGAGCAUCUUGUUUUGGCAAGCAUGGCUAUGGUGGCUAAUGGGCAGGAAUCAGAAGUGGCUUCUGUUGAUAGUAGCAUCGGGGAUACCUAUCUCUCUCUAAACAGAUAUGAUGAGGCAAUUUUCGCUUAUCAGAAAGCACUUACGUCUCUCAAGACUUCCAAAGGGGAGAACCAUCCAGCUGUUGCGUCUGUUUUUGUUCGUCUAGCUGACUUAUAUAACAAGACGGGGAAGUUUAGGGACUCGAGAUCCUACUGUGAGAAUGCCCUGCGGAUCUAUGAAAAGCCCGUCCCUGGCAUUGCUCCUGAGGAAAUUGCUAGUGGCCUGACUGAUAUCUCCGCCAUUUAUGAGUCCAUGGAGGAGCCUGAGCAGGCGCUGAAGCUGCUAAAGAAGGCUCUAAAGAUGUAUAACGAUGCUCCGGGUCAGCAGAACACAAUUGCUGGCAUUGAAGCUCAGAUGGGAGUUUUGUACUAUAUGUUGGGAAACUACUCUGAAUCUUACUCCUCCUUUAAAAGCGCAACAACAAAGCUUCGUGCUAGUGGAGAGAAGAAAUCAGCUUUCUUUGGCAUUGCACUGAACCAGAUGGGCUUAGCUUGUGUGCAGCGUUAUGCAAUUAACGAGGCUGUUCAAUUGUUUGAAGAAGCAAGGAGCAUUCUAGAGCAAGAAUACGGACCAUACCAUCCAGAUACACUUGGAGUUUACAGUAACCUUGCUGGAACCUAUGAUGCAGUUGGAAGAUUGGAUGAUGCAAUAGAGAUUCUUGAAUUUAUUGUGGGAAUGAGGGAGGAAAAGCUCGGGACGGCAAAUCCAGAUGUCGAAGAUGAGAAGAAGAGGCUGGCUGAGCUACUAAAGGAGGCAGGCAGGGUCCGAAACAGGAAAAACCGGUCACUCGAAACACUCCUUGAUACGAGCCAAAAUACGAAGGCUGUGAACAGCAAUGGUGGCAUCAAGGUGUGAGUAAGAUAGCUGUACAAAGACCUUUACACAUUUUUUUCUUCUUUUCAUACAACAUCAAAGAAAACAAAAAAAAAGGUAUACUUGAUUGAGUUUGGUGGCCUAGAUUCUUAUUCUGCACUGGUAAUGGCAUUUUACAGGUUGGGAUUUUGAUUAUUUUAUUGAAUCAUGCUGUAGUAGUUGUGAGAAAAGUGGUUGUUGUCUAUUGUACCUAUUUAUUUAUUUUAUCAUGUUUUGGGUGUACAAUUGUUCAUUUGUAUAUUCUUAAUGUAUGGGAUGAUAUUAUUCAUGUUAAUCAUAUAACAUGCCUAAUUUGCUUUUCUUUUA